AUGGCGGCUCAGGACCCCAGUCUAUCGACUGAGAGUAAUGGCGGCCCUCUCGUUAGCACCGCCGCCGCCUUUCUUGCUCUCAGUUGGGUGUCGGUCCUUCUGCGAACAUAUGUGCGGGCCAUAAUGUUGAAGGGAUUCCAGGCCGACGACUGGUUCAUGGUGAUUGCACAGAUCAACUUUACAAUAAGCUGUAUAUUCAUAUUUAAAGGCGCUUAUUAUGGCAUUGGACGGCAUAACAAGUCUCUCGAUCAGCUUGACGAGAUCGAGGGCCUCAAAUACCAAGCCUUGGCUACGGCGACCUACGUCGCAAACAUGAUGUUCAUCAAGCUAUCAAUAGCAAUCUUUCUUUUGCGGCUGGCGACCCAACGGCGGUACAAGUUCACCAUCUACGGGAGUAUAUUCGUCGUCAGCAUUUGGAGCAUCGUGCUCUUCUUUUGGAAUCUGUUCCAAUGCCACCCUGUCGAGGCACAAUGGGACUAUAGGAUCUUAGACAACGACAAAACGGCGUUUUGUGUGUCAGCCGACCAAAUUGUCGACGCUGCAUAUUCUCUCAGCGUCAUGUCGAUCCUGUCGGACUGGUUCUUUGCACUUAUACCGAUCCCCAUGGUUUGGCAUGUCAAGAUGACAAAACAGGCCAAGACGACGGUAGUAAUGGUUCUCGGGUUGGGAGUCUUGACGAUCUUUUAUGCAAUUGCCACGACCGACACGAUGAUAUGGACGAUUGUCGAACCGGGCGUGGCCAUUAUCGCGUCAAGCCUCAUUACGAUUCGACCCCUUCUCCGCGCGUGGAGGGUAAGGGGUUUCCAAAGUACGGAAAAUACCAAACGAACCGGUGGCAUAUCGAAUGGGCACAUGAACAGGUCAGGCGUGAUGCCAGGCUUUGGCUCAAAGAACGGGACGACUAUAGACGUCGAAGCUGCUCAGAGCAGCCGAGAUGAACUGUCCUCGGGCACAGAGAUGGAUGACCAGAAGCCAAAUCCCAGAUUCUUGUCACCCAUUGCCGAAGCAAGUCACAAAGAUUUCGAUAUCGCGGAUGACUCGGCGACUGCCAAGCUCACGAUUGGCCUACAUCAUCGCCGUUCAGAAGUGCCCAGCGAAAUGUACAUCAUUGAAGGGCCGCCGUCACCGCAAAUGCCAGGACACACCAUGUAUAACGAUACCUGGUCUUCACGACACUCGGCGACCUCUUCCGAUGUGGAGCUUGCAACAAUGGAGCCCGUAAAGCAAUCCGACGGCCGCAUCGGCCUCGGAUCUCCGCGCUAA